CUCCCUCGACUCCCUAGGGCUGCCCAUCGUGCACCAAAUGAAGCGUACCCACGCAUUACUCUUGCUCUUUCAUCGCGCCGCCGCGCAGCAAUGCGCAGUCUGCUUUGCUGGCAAUGCCGUGGGCCUGAUGCAGCCCCAGGUGAGGCGCUUUGCCAAGGAGCGCAUGGUCGAUGCGCUGGGCUGCGCAGCCGUGGAUUCGUUCUUCUACCUUACCCUUGACAACACACAACAACGGGACGAUUUGCUGCCGGCGCCGAAUGCCUCAAUCGAGGCGGUGCACGCCGCGGCGCGCGAGUUUAAUCCUGUCAGCGUGACCAUGCGCGUACGGGACGACUCUCUCGGAAGUGACGAAGACGACGCCCACGCGCAACUCUCAAAGGCCGCCGCGUGCUACGCGUUGGUCGAGGCCUCAGAAUUGGCUGCGAGGAAGCGUUAUGAUUGGGUCGUCAGGACGCGACCGGACCUGGCGUGGGUCGCGGCCGUUCCGCCCGUCAAAUCGCUGUACGAAGAUCGAGUCUACGUGUCGCAGCACUCCUGGCCGGUCGGAGACGCGUUCUUUGUCGCACCGGGCAAGCUCGCGCGAGAAGUCUUCCGGGCCGUCGACGCCCUGGGCCAGGACUCGCAUUGCGACGCCUCGCAAGUCGAGAAAAUCGGGCACCUCGCAGCGGAGAGCGCGCUCCACCGGCACCUCGCCUCGCGGAAAAUACCGACGCAGCUCUACGACGGCUUCGCCUUCGUCGCGGCGCGGUGGCGCGAGGGCGGGGACUGUAGGACGCUGGGCCAGGUCCAUGCGUCGGCCUGCGUGUUGGCCGCGAACGAGGGCCUCGUGAGCGACGAGUGCCAGGCCGCCGUCACGCGGCCCUACGAAGAAGGGUGUAGAAGGGACUUCCCGCCCCUCGGCGGGGAAGCGUCCUCCGCCGAGGCGCUGGACUUCGACGACGCCGCGUGGCGCGCCGCCGCGGCGCCGAAGUUGGCAAAGGCGCCCUUCGUCGGCCAAAACCGCGUCCUCGUCGUGACGACGGCGGGCCACGACGGGCCCGCGCUGGUCGGGCAGCUCGCCCUCUGCUUCGUGGGGGCCGUCCGCGUCGACAACGUGGCGAAGGCGCUCGGCGCGCUGCUCGGCGACCUCUCCGAGGGGGCGUUGGGCUGGACGAAGGCGCGGAAGGAGCUCCACGACGCGACGCUCGAUGGGUUGUGGUCGCACCACCGCGGCACGGUGCGGUGCACGCCGGCGUGCGCCCAGGCCGACGUCUCGCCGGUCAUCGAGGGCGUCGGGCACCCGCUGCGGUUCGCGUGUUAGUGUUAACACGCGCACGAGAGCCGCUGCGGUUCGAGGAGCACUACGCGCACGAGAGCCGCCGCGGCGUGCACGACGUCUCGGCGUUGGGUGCUGCCUACGCGGGCAAGAUGCGCGCCUACUCGCCCGUUUGCGGGAAGACGUUCUCUGAUAAAGUGCUCCUCGUGCACGGCGCCGCGGACCUGACGGCGCCGCUCACGAGCGGCGCCGAGGCCGUCGCGGCGGUCCACGCGGCGGCGCCGGACGUCGCCUUCACGCGCGUCGACGUGGAGGGCGGCCACCUGGACUACGCGAUGCGGGCCAUGCGCGACGAGACGGCGCCGUUCCUGGACUGGGUCGACGGCCUCGUCGAUGGCGUGGCGGGGGAGAUGGAGUAACCACUGACUGUU